AUGUCAUCAGCUAGAUAUAACCACAAGAUGGAAUCCCCAGUAUACAGUCCAUCAUAUGAUGCUGCCGAAUCCCCAUCAACAGCAGCUAAGAGAAGCAGGCGCUUUACCCCAGAAGAAGACGCACUGAUCAAAGACUUAGUAGAGAAUAAAAAGAUCAGUCCUUGGAGUGAAGUUGCAAAGUACAUACCAGGACGCACAGGACCACAGUGCCGUGAUAGGUAUAACUCAUAUCUUUACUCUUCAACUUCAUCAAAAUCUUGGACAGCAGCAGAAGACAAAAUAAUUGUCGACAAGUACAAGGAAUUUGGACCAAGAUGGGUUCUCAUCAGCCGCUUCCUCCCAGGCCGUAACGGUAACAGCAUCAAGAAUCGUUGGCAUAAGGCCUUAGUCAAAUACCAUGGUAUUUCUCAUAAUUCCGUCAAGCAGGAGAGAAGAAAUAAGAAUGAUAAAUUUGGCGUAACAUCUCCUGGAUCCCCAGCUCCAGCUGAAAAGAGUAUUGAGCAGGCUCCAGUAGCUGAACUCGAUAAUGUUACCCAAUCUCUUAUCAACGAUGUUUUCUCAGCAUUCGAAGUCGAAGUUGAUUCGUGCGAUUUGUUCAAUAACGACUUCGAAAUGUUAACAUAUUUUUAA